GUGCCAACGUGCGCGGACGCCGCCGCCGCCGCCGCCGCUGGAGUCCGCCGGGCAGAGCCGGCCGCGGAGCCCCGAGCAGGCGGAGGGAAGUGCCCCUAGGACCCGCUGGGCCAGCGGCGCUGCACAGAGCGGCAGGACGACGAGCAGCGAGAGGAGGAGGAGGGGAGAGCGGCUCGUCCACGCGCCCUGCACCGCCGCCGGCCCGGGAAGGCAGCGAGGAGCCGGCGCCCCCCGCGCCCGCCGUCGCCCUGGAGUAAUUUCGGAUGCCCCGCCGCGGCCGCCUGCCCGAAUAGACCCGGGAGAGGAGUUGCGGCCAACUUGUGUGCCUUCUUUCCGCCCCGGUGGGAGCCGGCGCUGCGCGAAGGGCUCUCCCGGCGACUCAUGCUGCCGGCCCUGCGCCUGCCCCGCCUCGGGUGAGCCGCCUCCGGAGAGACGGGGGAGCGCGGCGGCGCCGCGGGCUCGGCGUGCUCUCCUCGGGGGACGCGGGACGAAGCAGCAGCCCCGGGCGCGCGCCGGAGGCAUGGAGCGCUGCCCCAGCCUGGGGGUCACCCUCUACGCCCUGGUGGUGGUCCUGGGGCUGCGGGCGGCACCGGCCGGAGGCCAGCACUAUCUCCACAUCCGCCCGGCUCCCAGCGACAACCUGCCCCUGGUGGACCUCAUCGAACACCCGGACCCUAUCUUUGACCCCAAAGAGAAGGAUCUGAACGAGACGCUGUUGCGCUCGCUGCUCGGGGGCCACUACGACCCGGGCUUCAUGGCCACCUCGCCCCCCGAGGACCGGCCCGGCGGGGGCGGGGGGGCGGCCGGGGGCGCCGAGGACCUGGCCGAGCUGGACCAGCUGCUGCGGCAGCGGCCGUCGGGGGCCAUGCCGAGCGAGAUCAAAGGGCUGGAGUUCUCCGAGGGCUUGGCCCCGGGCAAGAAGCAGCGCCUGAGCAAGAAGCUGCGGAGGAAGUUACAGAUGUGGCUGUGGUCGCAGACCUUCUGCCCGGUGUUGUACGCGUGGAACGACCUGGGCAGCCGCUUUUGGCCGCGCUACGUGAAGGUGGGCAGCUGCUUCAGUAAGCGCUCGUGCUCCGUGCCCGAGGGCAUGGUGUGCAAGCCGUCCAAGUCCGUGCACCUCACGGUGCUGCGGUGGCGCUGUCAGCGGCGCGGGGGCCAGCGCUGCGGCUGGAUUCCCAUCCAGUACCCCAUCAUUUCCGAGUGCAAGUGCUCAUGCUAGAACUCGGGGUCCCCUUCCCGCACCCGGACAAUUGAUGGAACCCCACCGACGCCCUCCCCCCGCCCCCCGCACCGUCUCCAACCAGUUCCACCACCCUCUCGCGAGGGGAUUCAAUGAACUUUUUUUUUUUUUUUUUUUUUUUUUCUGGCUACAGAGACCUAGCUUUCUGGUUCAUGUAAUGCACUGUUUAACUGUGUAGGAAUGUAUAUGUGUGUGUAUAUACGGUCCCAGUUUUAAUUUACUUAUUAAAAGGUCAGUAUUAUACGUUAAAA